UAAACACUUCCUCUCAUUGUUAUCUAUCUUCCAUCCCAUUUUUCCUUUCACUUCACUUAUUCUCACCAGCUAGAAUCAUCAUCAAACAAGAACAAGAAACAACAACAAUGGAAAAAGCCAUGUCAAUAGACAUAAACAAGAACAGCUACAGCGACGAACUCGAAUGGCUAAAACAAACAAAAGUUGGAGAUUUGAUAUCUGAUCAUCAUCUUCAAAACAAGAACAAGAGAUUAGUAGAAGUACCAUAUACAGCAACGUUAGCUCACACCAUGAAUGCGCUUGUAGCUAAUAAUGUUGUGGCUGUACCUAUAGCUGCACCACCUGGUCACUGGAUCGGUGCUGGUGGUUCUAUGAUCCUAGAAUCUGAUAAACAUACUGGUGUUGUUAGGAAACAUUAUAUUGGUAUGCUUACCAUGUUUGAUAUAUUAGCUCAUUUGGCUGAAGACCCAAUUGAUGUAGUCGGUACUAACGGUGACGGCGGCGGCGGUUUUGAUAUGGAUGAACGGAUGUCAGUUCCGGUAUCUUCUAUCAUUGGUCACAGUUUGGAAGGUCUUAGUUUAUGGACUCUAAAUCCUCACACCAGCCUUUUAGAUUGUAUGGAAGUAUUCAGCAAAGGCAUACACCGGGCAUUGAUACCACUUGACAGCCACAUGGAUAAUGUACUAGGAGUAGAACUUGCAGAAAACUCAUCUAGUUAUCGGAUGCUUACUCAAAUGGAUGUUUUAAGUUUUUUAAAGUCGCAUGGAUCUAAGCUGAAAAAUGUCAUUUCUCACACUGUCGGAGAAUUGGGAGCUGUCAUGGAACAAGUUUUUGCGGUAACGAAUCGUACAAAAGUUAUCGACGCUAUAAAAUGUAUGAGGACUGGAGGAUUGCACGCUGUUCCGAUCAUUGAAGCUUUUGAUGCGACAGAUGAAGAUCACAAGCAACUCAUAAAUGGGAAAGGAAGAAAGAUUGUAGGCACAUUCUCUGCAACCGAUCUCAAGGGAUGUCCAAUUGAUUUGCUUCAGUCUUGGAUGUCUAUUGAUGUUCUCGAAUUUACUAAUAGAGUAUCAACAGGCCCCGCUAAUAAUGGUGUUGGGGAUGAAUCGACAGCAUCAACAUCAAGAACGCUUGUAACAUGUUACGCAGAGUCGAGCCUUGGUGAAGUAAUUGACAAAGCUGUCACAGGACAUGUUCAUCGUAUAUGGGUUGUGGACAGACAAGGACUGCUAGAUGGGAUUGUCGCUUUAACAGAUGUACUUCGAGUUAUAAGAAUCUCGUUAUUGUCUGGUGUUUGAUACAGAAGACACUCAUCUUUUGCUUGUGAGACGUACGCCAUCGAGCUAACCUAGCUAGUUUGCUGUUUUUGGUACAUUUAGUAGCAAGUGUGUUAUGUUUGUGACGUUAUUGUAGACCGCUUGUGACUUGAGAUACGUAACUGUAAGUUUAAUCAGUUAAAUCCCCUUUUUGCUU